GCUGGAGUUUGCAUCCACUCUAGUCCACGCUGCAAACAGCGACAGGGAGAGAACUACAACUCCCGUGAGGUUGUGCGGCAGCAUCGCGAGAGUUACCUUAAACGUGACGGCGGGAACGCGGCCUCUGUUGCUGGCUGGGCGGUUGCGAGGACCAGCUGCUGAGGCGAUGGCGGAUCCCUGCCCAGACAGCGAGCCUACGCCGCGCACGCUGCUGCGGCGCCUGCUGGAUACAGCGGACCCGCGCACCCCACGGCGACCCCACCGUACCGGUGCAGGUGCCCAAAAAACCCUGCUUGAAACACCCUCCCCCAGGAGACUGAGAAGCCAAACAAAGACAACUACCAGACAAUGGUCCUAUGGAGCCAAGUCUAUUGGCAGAUUGGCCCAUGUUCAAACCAGUGGGCACCUGGAGAAACAGACACCUCGGACUUUGCUGAAGAACAUUCUGUUAACUGCCCCGGAAUCUUCCAUUCUCAUGCCAGAGUCAGUGGUGAGGCCAGCGCCAGCACCGCAGGUGGUCCAGUCCUCCAGACGGAAAAGCAGUCAGGGCAGCCUGGAGCUGCAACUUCCUGAGCUUGAGCCCCCUACAACCCUGGCUCCAGGUCUGCUGGCCCCUGGCAGGAAGAAGCAGAGGCUGAGAUUGUCAGUGUUUCAGCAGGAAGUGGACCAAGGGCUGCUUGUCUCCCACGAGCCUCGUGGGAAUGCUGAUGCCUCUUCCCUCACCAGCUCCCUCAACUUGACCUUUGCUACACCUCUUCAGCCACAGUCAGUGCGGAGGCCUGGUCUGGCCCGCAAACCUCCCACCCGCCGAACUGUGGAUGUGGGUGUCUUUUUGCAGGAUCUGCGAGAUACAGACUUGGCUCCUCCAAACAUUGUAUUGGAGGACACUCAACCCUUCUCCCAGCCCUUGGUUGGCUGUUCCCCCAGUGUGCAUCACUCCUUGCCCUGCCCCUCUCAAACUGAGGCUGAAGAUGCUAGGAGGACUGCCUGCCAUCGGACAUGGAGCAGUGGGCCUGGGCUGCAGAACAACAGCCCUGGGAAACCAGGCCAGUUUCUGACAGGAACGGCAGAGGAGGUUGAUGCCUUUGCUCUGGGCUUUCCAACCACCAGCAGUAGUGUCCCUGUAGAAGAUGGAGUACAGAUCUUACAGGAUGGAGUUGGUGAGGAGGCAGAGAACAGAAUAGAAGACGAUGCCUUGAGUGUGAGUGACGUGAAGGAGGCAACAGGAGUACAAGAACAUACUAGGGCAGAAGAGCCUGAGGGCCACACAGAGGUGACAGAAGCAGAGAGAUCAGAAGCCGAUCUCUCUGUUGAAGAUGAGGAGCCAGAAGGAUCUUCAGGGAUUAAGGACACCUCUGGCAGGACAGCAAGUCCAGAGUUGACCUCCAGCAUUCCUGAGUUUCUCCAGACCAAGCAACUUCAUCAGUUUCUUGAGCCAGCCCUACUGCCUAGUGCUACAGUCUUAUCUUCAGAGCCUCAGUUGGCCAAGCCCCCUAGGCCCCGAACUACUGGCCCCAGGCCCCGUCAAGAUCCCUACAAGGCUGGACUGAGCCACUAUGCAAAACUCUUUAGCUUCUAUGCUAAGAUGCCCAUGGAAAAGAAGGCUCUUGAGAUGGUAGAAAAAUGCCUAGAUAAGUAUUUCCAGCAUCUUUGCGAUGACCUGGAGGUAUUUGCUGCUCAUGCUGGCCGCAAGACUGUGAAGCCAGAGGAUCUGGAGCUGCUGAUGCGACGGCAGGGCCUGGUCACCAACCAAGUCUCACUGCAUGUGCUUGUGGAGCGGCACCUGCCACUGGAGUACCGACAACUGCUCAUCCCCUGUGCAUUCAGUGGCAACUCUGUCUUCCCUGCCCAGUAGUGGCCAGGCUUCAGCACUUUACCUGUCCCCACUGGGGCCCCUUGGCCCCGCAUACUCCUCUGGGUCUCCUCCCUGCCUCCCAGUAUCAAUAAAGUGUCACAAACAGAA